AUGGCACUUCAAUUCUCAAAUAACACAUUUACUUUCAACCUCCAAAUUGCCAGAUUUGAUGUCUCACCAGAAGCUGUUUAUCCUGUGUUCAUCACUGGAUCUUUGUGCUAUUUGUUUGCAGUGUUCUGUAAUGUAUCUAUUUUAGCAUUGAUUGUUACUCAACAAAGCCUUCAUAAACCAAUGUUUUACAUUAUGUUCAGUCUUCCUCUGGCAGACCUAAUAGGGAUUACAUGUGCUCUUCCCAGGCUGCUUGUGGAUAUUGUAAGCCAAACAAAUAUGGUCUAUUACCCAACAUGUGUCCUACAGGGCUUUUUGCUUCAUUUGUAUGGAGGUAGUGUACUUUUUAAUCUGGCAGCUAUGUCAUUUGAUCGUUAUAUUGCGAUAUGCAAGCCACUCAGAUAUAACUCUAUAAUGGGUCCAUACACAGUUGGUGGUGUCAUAGCUCUAGCUUGGGGCCUUGACAUAGCCAUGGUUGUUGUGUUAUUUGCCCUUCAGGCAAGAUUUCCAAAAUGCAGGACUUUUAUUGUUAAUGUCUAUUGUGAUAAUGUAUCCCUGCUGCAACUCUCAUGUGAUGGUGAUUUUACUGUUAACAAUAUUUAUGGAUUGUCUAUAACUGGAAUUAUGCAGGUAAUAAGUAUGGCUGUUCAGAUAUUCUCCUAUGUACAUAUCCUUAAGGUCUGCCUUCCUCAAACACAAACUGAUGCUAGAAUUAAGGCUGUAAACACAUGUUUAGCACAGGUAAUUUCAUUUAUUCUGUUUGAACUAGUUUCUAGUAUUGCAAUACUUUCAUAUCGUUUUCAGAAUGUAGACCCCAAUACACAAAAGAUAUGUGGUAUGUUGAUUUUCACAGUCCUUCCCGUUCUUAAUCCAAUUAUAUAUGGAAUUAAAUCAAAAGACAUUAGAAAAGCAUUCUUCACAUUGAUUUAUAAAAAACACAAGGUUGGAUUCACAUAA